UCUUCGUCCCCAUCCGAGAUGCAGAGAAAGAAGAGAACGAUCACAUCUUAGCUGAGAAGAGAAAACAGGAACUGAUAUUUUUAAUCCUUUUUUCUCAUCAGAACAAAAGGACGUGUGGGUGCGCGAUCUUAACGGCAGUCUCCGCCCACCGCUGCGACGAGACAAGCGGCAUUGACGAGGCCGCGACGAGCCAUGGAAGUGGAAUCAGCCGCCGAGCUGCAGGGGCAGCGGCCUCCGCCGUGGCGCCGCACGGUGGCCGUCCAGGCCGCGCUCUGCCUCGCGCUCUACGCGGCCUUCAGCCUCGGCGAGCCGCAGCUCCGGCCGCGGGGCGGGGGCGCGCUGGGCGUCGGCGGCGGCGGCGGCGUCAACUUCCUCAGCGUCGCGGGCGGCGCGCGCCCGCCCACUGACCAGGCGCGGCUCCUGAGGCAGAUGGAAAGCACAGCAAAGGUUUAUGAAGUCAAGUUAGUGCUGGAUGUUGCCCGAUUUGGCGACGACCCACUUUGGCAAAAUGGUUCUCUGCACUUCCAAGCUCUGAAUAUCCCCUGGUAUUCCACUACAUCACAUGGGCAGAUUGUUAGUAAUUUUUUGAAGAAAGUGAAGAUGCCAUACGACCAAAUUCUGGAAAUUGUUGGUGUUGACACAGGGCCUCUUGAGGAUCUUCUGCAUGAUGGCAAAAUGAGCAAUUCUAGCAGGGAACAAAUUACAUGGCUGGAGCAAACACUAGCGCGGACCAGCAAUAACUGGAAAAUAGUUGUUGGAUAUGAUCCAUUAGUUGAUUGCAAUGAGGUCCGCACAACAAAAACAACAAAGAUCUACGAGCCGCUUCGGCAUAUUUUUGAAAAAUACACAGUGAAUGCAUAUGUAAGCACAGGUGGUUCUUGUGGACACUUCCAUCAUGACAAUUCAAUGAUAUAUAUUCAAAACCCCAUCCCUGGAGAUCAAACGAAUUUAGAUGGUUUCUUCUUGCAUAGAGUCAGCCCUCUAGAGAUGGAAACCCUGUUGAUAAACUUAGACGGCAAGGUUGUUCAAAGAUCUGUCGUUCAUCAGCAUGGAAGGGAAGCCAUGUAAACUCCUUCUUUUCACUUUCUAGUCAACAAUGCAAACAUGCAGAUUCUGUUUUCACCAUUGAUCGCUCUGUAUUCAGUUGUUUGCUUACAUAUGUCGUGUUUGUCAAUAGAAAGACUUCUGCCA